AUGCACCUCGACAAGGAAAUGUUAAAAGCUUAUAGGACUUUCGAGUCUCUGGAAAAGAACCUCACACAGGAAGAUAUUUGGGAGGGACGGGCUCGGUGGGAUAUAUGGAAUUCAAAGAAGGGAAUGCCCAAGGCGGAGGCCAGGGAAACCUUUUUGAGCAACGUUCAGUCGAUUGAGGCAAAGUAUGGUGAAAGUGUAUAG